AUGGCAAAUAUGACAAUAUAUUUUAAUCGGUCAAAGUUAAUACUGCUUGUCGCCAGACCAUGUAACCUGAAUCUGACCCACGCCGCCGGAGGCAGCUGGGAUCUCCUUUUACCCAACAUUGGCAUAACAGCCAUGCACAUGCAACUCCUCAACAACGACCGCGUAGUCAUCUACGAUCGUACAGACUUCGGCAAAUCAAACAUCUCAUUGCCCGGCGGCAAAUGCAGGAACGACCCGGACGAAAAGGUUCUGAAGAUUGACUGCACUGCACACUCAGUUGAAUACGAUGUUGCAACGAACUCUAUACGUCCUCUCACUGUUCUCACCGACGUUUGGUGCUCCUCCGGAUCCGUCAUGUCGGACGGUUCGUUGGUCCAGACCGGCGGUUACAAUGACGGUGACCAUGUGGUCAGAGUGUUCAAGCCAUGCAGGAGUGGUUGUGAUUGGCAAGAGAUAAAGAAUGGCUUAACUCAAAGAAGAUGGUAUCCAACCAAUCACAUAUUGCCUGACGGCCGGCAAAUUAUCAUCGGCGGUCGACGGCAAUUCAACUACGAGUUUUAUCCAAAGACCAAUUCUGCAUCAAAAACAUACAAUUUGCCAUUUCUACUUCAGACCAAUGAUCCAACGGUUGAGAAUAAUCUAUACCCAUUUGUUUUCCUCAACGUGGACGGAAAUUUAUUUAUUUUUGCAAAUAAUCGGGCUAUUUUAUUCGACUAUUCAAAGGAUAGAGUCGUAAAGACCUACCCGACAAUACCUAAUGGAGACCCUCGAAAUUAUCCCAGUACGGGUUCGGCAGUUCUUCUUCCACUGAAGAUUAACAGUCAAGGACUAGCAUUUGAAGCUGAAGUUUUGGUAUGUGGGGGUGCACCCAAAGGAGCCUACGCCAAUGCGAGGAAUCGUAAUUUUGUCAGAGCUUUGAAUACUUGUGGACGGAUCAAAAUAACCGACCCGUCACCUCAAUGGGUUAUGGAGACCAUGCCUCUCGCUCGGGUUAUGGGUGACAUGCUAUUACUUCCUAAUGGUGAUGUUUUAAUCAUAAAUGGGGCAUCCGCGGGUUGUGCCGGGUGGGAAUCUGGGCGAAAACCGGCUUUAAAUCCGGUCAUUUACAGACCCGAAAAUUCAAUUGAAUCACGGUUUGAUGUACAAAAUCCGACCACAAUACCCAGAAUGUACCACUCCACGGCGGUUUUGCUCCGUGACGGCCGAGUUCUUGUAGGUGGCAGCAACCCUCAUGUUUAUUACAAUUUCAUCGGAGUGUUUUAUCCUACAGAGUUGAGAUUAGAAUCAUUCUCACCUUCGUAUUUGGAUCCAGAGUCCGUUAAUUUACGCCCGAAGAUCAUUUCACCCGUUUCUCAAUCCAAAAUCGGGUAUGGAAAGCGGGUCACUAUACGGUUUUCGGUCAGGGGAACACUAAUUGGAAAUUCGGUCACGGUACUAAUGGUAGCACCACCGUUCAACACCCACUCCUUCUCCAUGAAUCAAAGGUCGCUAGUUCUUGGUGGCGGGAAAGUGGCAGCUGCCGGUAAAUCUACGCAUCAAGUGCAGGUAGUGAUGCCUGGUUCGGGUAAUCUUGCACCAGCCGGAUAUUAUCUUCUAUUUGUGGCUCAUCAGAGUAUUCCUAGCGAGGGUAUUUGGGUCCAAAUACAGUGA